AUGUGUUCCCUUCGCGCCAAGAGGAGUGGCCGAUUGCAAUCCGUGGAUUCUGGAAGAUCCGAAACGAUCUGUGGACGGCCUAGUGUUGUACAACAGCCGUAUAGUGAUCCCCCCUCCAAAUGUGCCGAAACAUUACGCAAAUUACAUUCUGCGCAUCAGGGCAUAGAGCGCACAAAACGUCGUGCCCGUCAACUCGUCUAUUGGCCGGGUCUAUCCAGCGACAUCACCAACAUGGUCAGAGCGUGUGAAAAAUGCGAAAAGGCGUUACCAAGCCUCCAACGCGAACCUCUCAUGUCUGAUCCCAACCCAACGCGCGUGUUUGAGGACGUCUCCGUCGACAUUUUUUGUCACGCCGGCAACCAUUAUUUAAUCUACGCUGAUCGGUUAAUGGGGUGGCCAGCAGUGUUCGAAUUCGUGAAACGUGAUCUUUGUUCCCGCGACGUGAUUCGGUCGUGCAUGCGGUGCUUCGCUGAUUUCGGUGUUCCCGUCCGAGUACGUUCUGAUGGUGGCACCAACCUGACAUCAGCUGAAAACAUAAAUUUUUUCAGGAACUGGGGCGUAAUUUCUGUCAAUUCGACACCCCAUUACCCUCAAUCUAAUGGCCAUGCAGAAGCGGCCGUCAAAGCUAUGAAGAAUCUGGUUCAAAAAGCAGCCCCGAACGGCCAUCUGGACACCGACGCCUUCCAACAGGGCCUAUUGGAGUGGCGCAACACUCCCCGUGAAGCUGGCCUAUCGCCGGCCGAAAUUGUCUUUGGCCAUCCCAUCCGAUCCAUCCUGCCGGCCCAUCACACCGCUUUUGCCAACAAGUGGCGCGAGCUGAUGGACUUAUCGGACCGCCUGGACGAUCAAGCCGAACGUGUGAAAGCCGCAUACGACCAGCAUGCACGCCCAUUACGUCCACUACGAGUUGGUGACUCUGUCCGUGUCCAAGACGCUGAUUCUAAGCGCUGGGACAAGCAAGGCAUCAUUGUGUCAGUCGGCGAGAGCCGCGACUACCGCGUCAAAAUGCAAAGUGGCCGGAUUUACUUGCGAAACAGAAAGUUCCUCCGCCUUGUUUCCCCCCCCCCCGCUCUCCACCGAUGCCGACCCAGCUGCCCCGUCACCCGCAAUCGACACAAAUCCGGAGGAGCCCGGUCCACUGCCUCCGCCGGAUCAUUCGUCAAACCAGCGCCACCGUCGGGUUAA